ACCAUCUUCAUCACACAGAUCACCAGAAAGAACAAGAAAGAGCACCAGAAAGAACAAGAAAUCAGCCGUCCACAUUAUUAGAGGGAGACAAAUCCUACUCUGUUGAAGGAAAUUAAUAGCCUCCUGUUCUGAGUCCUCUACUGCUCCUAGUGUCCACUUUCCUCCACUGCUGAAUUACUUCCAUAAGCGUAUCAGGAAACCAACAAGCCACAAAGAAGAAAGCGUCACAAUGGUGAAGCCAGAAGAGAUUAAAUGUGAGAAUGUCACGUCUGAAAUCUCCAGUACUGAAACAUCAUCUGCUACACUCUGCAGCAACCCCUCACCCAGCAUCACACAUGAUGAGCAUAUCAAGAAACCACCAAGCCACCAACAGGAAGGCAUCACUAUGCUGAAGCAAGAAGAGAUUAAAUGUGAGGAUGCGGUGUCUGAAAUCUCCAGUACUCAAACACCUGCUACACUCCUCACCAACCCCUCACCCAAACCAACACAUGAUGAGGAAAGAAUAGUCUCCACUUCUGAGUCCUAUCCUGCUCCUAGUGUUCACUUACCUGAAGUUUUAAUAUAUUUACCCAAGCCCAUCAAGAGGCCACCAAGUCACCAGGAAGAAGGCAUCACAAUGUUGAAGCCAGAACAAAUUAAACAUGAGGACGUGGUGUCUGAAAUCUCUAGUACUCAAACAUCUUCUGCUGCACUCUGCACCAACCCAUCGCCGAGACGAGCACGAAAAAAUGGAGGCAAACGAAAAAUUCACCAGUGUUCAGAGUGUGGAAAGAGUUUUAUCACACCAAGUCUUCUUCAAAUCCACCAGCGCAUUCACACAGGAGAGAGACCAUAUGCCUGCUUACAGUGUAAGAAGAGUUUUUCCGAACGACCCACUCUGAAAAAGCACCAGCGCAUUCACACAGGGGAAAAACCAUAUGACUGUUUAGAGUGUGGGAAGAGUUUUAGGGAGCGUGGUUUCCUCAAAACACACCAGCGCAUUCACACAGGAGAGAGACCGUAUCACUGCUCAGAGUGUGGGAAAAGCUUUAGGUUCAAAUUUGCCCUCGGAAUACAUCAGCGCAUUCACACGGGAGAGAAACCAUAUUACUGCUCGGACUGUGGGAAGAGCUUUAGAGACAGUGGUUGCUUCAAAACACACCAGCGCAUUCACACGGGAGAAAAACCGUAUCAGUGCCCAGAGUGUGGGAAGCACUUCAGAGAGUGUAGUACCCUAAACGCACAUAAGCGCAUUCACACAGGAGAGAAACCGUAUCACUGUUCAGAGUGUGAAAUGAGCUUUAGAGAGAGUGGUACCCUCAAGACACAUAAGCGCAUUCACACAGGAGAGAAACCGUAUAAGUGCUCGGAGUGUGAUACACGUUUUACUAGACAGGGUAAUCUCCAAAAACACCAGUGCGUUCAUGCAGGAGAGAAGCCGUACCACUGUUCAGAGUGUGGAAGACACUUUACUAGGUUGGGGAAUCUUCAAGUACACCAGCGGAUUCACACAGGAGAGAAACCGUAUCACUGCUCAGAGUGUGGGAAGAGUUUUAAUCGACAGAGUAAUCUUCAAACACACCAACGUAUUCAUACAGGAAAGAAGCCAUAUUGGUGCUCAGAUUGUGGAAAGAGUUUUACCAGACAGGGUAAUCUCCAAACGCACCAACGGAUUCACACAGGAGAGAAACCAUAUCACUGCUUGGAGUGUGGACAGAGGUUUAAUCAACAGAUUAAUCUUCAUAUACACCAGCGCAUUCACACAGGAGAGAAACCGUAUCACUGCUCAGAGUGUGGGAAGAGCUUCAAUCAACAAAGUAAUUUCCAGAUACACCAGCGCAUUCACACAGGCGAGAGACCGUAUAGCUGCUCAGAGUGUGGACAGAGGUUUAAUCAACAGAGUUCUCUCCAAGUACACCAGCGCAUUCACACAGGGGAGAAACCGUAUCACUGCUCAGAGUGUGGACAGAGCUUCAAUCAACAGAGUUCUCUCCACGUACACCAGCGCAUUCACACAGGGGAGAAACCGUAUUACUGCUGUGAGUGUGGACAGAGCUUUAUUAGACAAAGUGAUCUCCAAAGACACCAGCGCAUUCACACAGGAGAGAAACCGUUUCACUGCUCAGAGUGUGGACAGAAUUUUACUAGACUGAGUAAUCUGCAGACACACCAGCGCAUUCAUACGGGAGAGAAACCGUAUCAGUGCUCCCAGUGUGGGAAGUGCUUUAAUAAACAGGGUGAUCUCCAACGGCACCGCCGCAUUCACUCGGGAGAGAAACCGUAUCGCUGCUCGGACUGUGGAAAGACUGCAUCUGAAAGAUGCAAUCUGCAGGUACAUCUGCGCAUUCACACCGGAGAGAGGCCGUAUCAGUGCUCAGAGUGUGGGAAAAGUUUUAGUAGACUGAGUAAUCUUCACCUACACCAGAGCAUCCACACAGGAGAGAAGCCUUACCACUGCUCAGAGUGUGGGAAGAGGUUUAAUAAGCGGAAUCAUCUCCAAAGACACCAGCGCAUUCAUACAGGAGAGAAACCGUAUCACUGCUCGGAGUGCGGGAAGAACUUCACAGUACAGAGUCAUCUCCAAACUCAUCAGCGCAUCCACACGGGAGAGAAGCCGUAUCACUGUUCAGAGUGCGGGAGGAGCUUUAGAGAGAGUGGUACCCUCAAAAAACACCAGCGUACUCACACGGGCUUGAAACCGUAUCACUGCUCUGAGUGCGGGAGGAGUUUUACUCGACUCAAUUCCCUCCAGAUACACCAGCGCACUCACACAGGAGAGAAACCGUAUCACUGCUCGGAAUGUGGGAGGAAUUUUACGAGACAGGGUCAUCUCCAACAGCAUCGGCGCAUUCAUACAGGAGACAAUUCAUUCCACUGCUCAGAGUGCGGGAAGAGUUUCAAUCAAGAGAGUACUCUCCAGAUACAUCGGCGCAUCCACACAGAAGAGAAACCGUAUUGCUGUCCAGACUGUGGCAAGAUCUUUACUAGGCAUAUUCAUCUCCAACUACACCAGCGCAUCCACACGGGGGAGAAACACUAUCACUGCUCGGACUGUGGAGAGGGUUUCAACCAACAGAGUGAUCUCCAGUUACACCAGCGCAUUCACACAGGAGACAAACAGUACCACUGCGCAGACUGCGGAGAGAGUUUCAACCAACAAAGCGAUCUCCAACUACACCAGCGCAUUCACAUAGAAGAGAAACCGUAUUGCUGCUUUGAGUGUGGGAAGAUUUUCACUAGACUGAGUCACUUCCAGUUACACCAGCGAUUUCACCCAGGAAAUAAAUCAUAAUGGCGCUCAGCAUCUGGGAGGAGCUGCAGGCGUUUGUAGGUUUGUAGGAAGGUGAAAACAUGUCAAAUCAGAAAACACGAUUUUGUGCUGCUAACUGUACCUCCAAGCUCCACUAAAGUUAUUCCUGUAUUCCACUACACUGCCUGGUCCAAAUAGUCACUGUUUGAAUUUAAAUAAGCAAACACCUACAAACCUUUGUUUAGUUAAUGACUGCAGUGAUUAAUAAUAUUCAGCUGGCAGCAAUUCUUUCAGCCCUAACUUAUGCAGUGAGUAGCUUCUCGUUUCUUAAACCAUGUCAGAAGACGUGUCCCAUGGUCAUGGAAAAGAUGUUAUUUUGUCUGAGUAUUGGCCUGCGUUCCGCAAAGAAAUCAAUUAAGGAGAUUGAAUUACUGAAAUUGCUGGAGUUGAGUUAAGAUCUGUCCAGUGUGUAAUUAAAACCUAGAAGGAUAGUUGUGAACCCUUAACUUUGCAGAAGAAAUGUGGUUGGCGAGCACCUAAACGCUUGGCUAGCUGUGUUUAACAGUGAAGUAAUAGCUGCGACGAGAAGUCACAGCUGUUUGGCCAUGAGAAACCACUUGUUAGUAAGCCUAACUGGAAAAAGAGGCUUCAGUUUGCUAGGGAGCGUAAAGAUUUGAUUCCGGAGCAAUGGAAAUAGGGCAUGUGGUGUGGUGAGUCCAGAUUUACCCAGUUUAGAGUGAUGGGAACGUCAGGGUAAGAAGAGAAGUGCAGUACCCGCUGUACCAGCCUCUGGUGGCAAUGUAAUGAUCUGAGGUUGCUUCAGUUGAUCAAGUCAGGCUCAUUAAUGUUAUGUGGCAAUAAAAUAAACACAGCUGGCUACCUGAAUGUAGUGAAUGACCAGGUUAUCGCAUUAAUGGUUUUGGUUCUCCCUGAUAUCUCGGGCAUAUUCAAGAACAACAGUCCCAGGAUUCAUUGGGAUUAAAUUGUGAACAAGCUCUUCAGGAAGCAUAUGAAGUCAUUUCGAGUCGUGACCUUAACCUCACUGGAAAAAAUAAAGUCUGUUUUAGAGAAGACUUAGGAAGUGGUUUGACUCUCCCGUCAUCAAUACAAGAUCUCAGCCAUACAUUUCUGCAGAUCUGGAUGGAAAUAAAUGCUGUGAAGUUCCUAAGGUUGUUGAAACUUGGUCACAAGUUGCACCGUAACCGAAGCAAAAGGCGGUCCGGCUAAAUUAGUGUGUGACUGUUUUUUGUAUCAGGCAGCGUAUAUAUGCAUUUUAAAAUACACUAUAUGGACAAAGUUAUGUAGACACCUGUAUAAGCUUGUUGGACAGUCCAUCUCAAAAUCAUGAGCAUUAAUAUGUCCUGCCAGUGAAGUGUGACUCCUCAUUCCAGGGAACACGUUUCUGCUGCUCUAGAGUCCAGUGGUGGCGUCGCUUUACACCACUCCAGCAGACAGUUGCCGUUGCACAUGGUGAUCUUAAGCUUGUGAGCAGCUCAGCCAUGGAAACCCACCCAUUUCAUGAACUUAUAACACUUAGUUCUUGUGCUGAAAAUGAAGUAGGCCCUUUCCCAAAGCUCACUGUAUAACAGUGUAAAAUUUGUUGUAGUAACCUUUGAAACGAAAGGGAACUCCAUCAAAAUGAAACUUUCAUACUUUAAUGUUUGUCUGCCCUGUGGAGAGGGCAGAGUUGAGAGCUGAGGAGACCUGGUUCACCUAUCAUCAGGAGGCGUUCUCAAUUAAUAUUCAAGCCUCCCAUCAAGCACACGGCGUCUGAAUCAAGGAAAAUGCAACAAUUCAUUAUCCAUCCAAGCCAUCGGAGCUGAAGAGUAGCUGACAUGCUUUUUAAAGCUGAAGUUUCAUCUUUUGAAAAGCAGUCAAGAGCCGCAAGUCAGCACCACAACAAACUCUGCUGUGCUGCAUGAUGUGAAAAGAGCCGUGUUUGAAACGUCAGUCUGUCAGUGAAUCUUGGUGUGUGGUAUGUGAAUCAGCAGCCUGCCUGGUCCUCUUCAGAUCAUCAUGUUGGUCUUCAUCUGGUGGUGACAUGGGGAGGAGAGAAGAAGAGAAAUAUCAACAAGUUACUGCGUGCCAGUACUAGAGACCUCUCAUCAGUAACCUACGCAAGUCUGUUCACCACAGCAUACAGCUGUAAACAGACCAGAAGAUCACAUCCUGAAGAAGUUCUUACACCAUGUUUAGACUAUGAUAUUCCAGUGUUGUAGUGUUCUCUGUGGUAGUAGGUGGUUUUUAAGGCAUCGCAAGCAUAACAUGUAUCCAUGCACCGCGAACAUGCUCACUUUUCCCAUAGACUACGCUAUAAUCAACAAAUCUGAAACUGGUCUCAAAGUUUGUGAGUGUUAAACAAAGAAAACAUCUCUUAACACUAAGUCUGAAAGUUGAAACUUAAAGUAUUAAUGUAUAAGAAAAUAUCCAUCAAAGAUGUUUGUUUUACUGCUGUUCUAAUGUGUUUGUGAGUGUGAUUUGUAAUUUUCAGACUCAGAUUUUAAAACUUUUUUUCAACUUGGUUUUGGAAAAUUAGUUAGAGGUUCUUAUUUGUUCAGUCCAUCGAAGGAAGCAUAGAAAAACCUCUGCAACCAUAUUUUGGGGAAGGAACACGCCUGAAACCCCUACACUAUCCAGUUAACACACUAUGAAUUCCCAUCCUUACCUUCCAUUUCCAUUUUGAAGUUCUCAAUCAGACAAGGGAGCCAGUUCUGCUACAAGCCACUCUGCCACAGACCUCGAUUCUCCUCUCCUGAAUUUGGACAUCUACCUAUUCCUUCUGCCCAUCAUCUUCCAUAUGCAGCUGGUGCCUUCUAACAGCCAUCCCUAUUCCAUGUUCAGGAGAUUAUAAUCUGCUUUACUCUCAUCUGACCUCUUUACCUGCCAUGUUUAGCACCAUGUUCUCAAUCUGGUGUUGAUCAGAGGAAGAUGGGUUCUCCGGCUGAGUCCUGGUUUCUCUGAAGGUUUCUUCGUCAUGCCGCUGGGAGUUUUCCCUCGCUGCUGUUGCCCUCAGCUUGCUCGUAAAGGUUCACACUCGGAUGUCUGUUAAGCAACUUGCAAUCAUCUCACCAUUGACAUAUUAAUCAAUUUAAUCUCAAUCAACAAUCAAAUUAAUCUCCAUUGUUUCUCUUAUUGUACAACCUUAAAGCAACACACUACUUACUCCAAGUGCCAUACAAAUGGCCAACUUGAUUAGACCUCUUUUUUUGCACAAGCUUACCUCCACCAAACCAUAUAAACCUUAGCAUGCUGCACCUCUCUCAGAUAUCCAAAUGCUCCACCACCUGAUCAGCCCCUCAUUCUGAAUCCAGCUCAACCCCAUAUACCAAUGGCAAAGUCAUAGCAAGUUCUCUAUCCAAGCUGCUACAUUGCUUGUCAUUGCUUCAGAGUCAGCUCUUGCAGGACACUUCCCUUGUCUUCUUAUCCUAUGAAGGUCCCUUCAGCAUACUCUAUAUGCAUGUCACUCAUUCCAAGACCUGAACAGUUUCUGAAUUCAUCCUGGAGUUCUUUUAGGGGUCUGGCCUUCUAGCUCCAGGCAGAAGGUGCCCUAGUUCUCAGAGUUCUCUGCCCUCCCUCAGUCAGCCUGCCCUCAUACUACCACCACAUGUUGAAGGCCUCGGCUGAACUCAAGCAACAAAGCAAAUAAAGCGUAGCAGAAUAGCACAGAAAAUUAUCAAGCCCAAAACCAUUUUAGACUCUACUGUCUCUACUGUCAUUUAAUGAAUUUAUUGGUGAAUUAGGUUUUCAAAAAACUCGUGUUUGAGCUAUAAGAUGAAAGAUGGCACGAGAUGAAAUAUGUUAUGCUGUGACUCGGCUAGUAAUGUUAGCCACGGCAACAGACGAGUGGUGUUUGUUGAGUUUUGCAUGCUGCUUGUCAUCCACCGGACAUGUCCAGUGUUGGAUAGCCUUAAGAGUCCAUUGUGAGAAACUUCUUCCAAAAGAUAAAGGAAAUGAAGUUCACUGCGGACCAAACAGAGGGGUGUCUUUGAAUUAUGCCUUAUAAUUCAAAUGCCAAAUUUGACUGAAGUGCACACUCCAGGCCUCUGUUCUUGUCACAGGAUCCCAUCUAGCCAUGCAUGACUGGCUGAAGUAAAGACGAUUGAUUUGCAUAUUGAAGGAGCUUUAGAUAGUUUUUCGUUCAAACCAAGUGGAAUGGAAUCCAAUUGGUACUGGAUGUUGUUUUUACAUAUGUGAUGUAUAACAUUCCAUCUACUCAGAGUAGAUGGUCUGAUUGAUUGGCCUCCUGUUUAGGAGAGAUGAGAAAACUUUUGAAGUAUAUAAUUAUUGGGGUUCAGUUCUGUUCUGGCAACUGUAGUGCAGUACAGUGUAAAAUGUUUGUUGCAACAGUCAAUACUUAAAUGCUUUAACUGUAGAUGAAACUGGUUGCAGUUGUCAGGUAAGACAAAACAAUUUGAUUCGAACAUCACAGCUUUUAUUAUUUUAUUUAUUAAUUAUUAAUAUUUCACAAGUAUAAAUGGUCAGCAGAAGUUUAUUCAGUCUUACUUUAUUCUUUGUCAGCUUUCUGAUUAAUUGUAGUAACUGCUCAUUGCAAAGUGCCUUCCAAAGUUACUAGACUUUUGGAUGUACCUUCAGCCUAUUUAUUUUAAUGCAGUAGAUUUGUUAUUGAUAUCUUUACUAUUCUUUAUGUAUUGUUUUGUUUAAUUGUAUUUAAUCAUUACAGGUGCAGCUGUUGGAAAAUGGUUCAAUUCUGUAAAUUUUCUAAAUGUUGCCUGGUCAUGGCUGUUAGAGGGUGUAAUGUCACUGGUUUGUUCAGUAUUGACAUUCCUAAAAAAUCGAAACCCAUCACUGCUUCUUGACACCAAGGCUUCACUCUAUUAAUCACUGAAACACUAUUUUAAAUAGGGCAGAUCUGGGAAAACAGGAUGUUCUAAUAAAAAAAAUAGCGCAUGUAUUUCAUCUUAUGUGCCUUGUCUUUAUACACGUCAUAACAUCACAUCUGUGAUAUGAACCCGAACUUACACCACAGUCUUCUUCAGGACACUACCAUCACGGUAUACCAUAAAAAUGAUCAAAAUGAAAAAAUAUGUAAUAAUAAUGACUGUCGUUAUAGUAAUAAAUUUCAUAAUGAGUUUCA